AUGAGUUGCCGCUUAGCUCGACAAUCUGGCCAUGUCCAGAUUGCUUGGACGUUCUUGGUGGAAGCGAAGGCGUUGGGCGUGAACCUGAAGGAUGUAGGCAUGGAAGAGGCGCGCUUUGAAUUCCAGAAGGGUAAUCAAUCGCAAGCGAUCGGACUUCUUACCAAGUUGCUGAACACCAAGUUUGCCGACAUGAACAAAUUGUUCACGAAUUUUGUCCACUGGCAUGAAUGUGGCGCAAAGAGCACAGCAGACUCGCCCGAUGUUCUUGUGAAGAAGACCAGCAAGGAGUCAAGAGCUGCGUUUGCCGAGACAGAAGCAAUUCAAAGCCGAGGAUCUGAUGCCCGCGCCACUGAAAUGAACAAUAGAGACACAGCGACCUUCGCACCAAGUGCGAUGAAUACGGAGAUUUCUCGUGCAUUUCGGCAACUCGAUUCGUACGCGUUUUAUACUGCAUUCCCUCAGUUGAUCUCUCGCAUAGUGCACCCUAACGCGUCAGUUUUUUCAACGCUGAAGGCCAUCUUAGCUGAUCUUAUCUGCAAAUAUCCCCAUCAGUGCAUAUGGCAGUCAAUUGCUGUCUACAGAACUGGUCCCUGGCAGAAAAGUAUUCGACAGGAAAGAUGUUCUCAAGUAUUCGCUGUGGUGAAGAAUAAGCGACACAAUAUGGAUCAACUUAUCGACCAGUAUGACUACGUGGCUGCCGCUUUGAUCGAAUUGGCUGAGAAAAAGGUGAAGAAUUGUGGCUCAUUCUCUGACCUGCCUCGUGUUUCUCCUCGUCUCCAUAACUUCUUUACGUCCGGCGAGCUGCAGUGUGGCAUGCUUAUGGGAGCAAGAGAUCGCGGCUUGUCAGGUGUCCGUACUGUGUCACCUUCGAUUAUGAUUCCGUUGACGGAAAUGAUGGAACAUGCGCUACCGAAGGAACAUAAUGACCAGGAGGGGUGUGGGCCCGAUUUUCACAUUGUGAUGGAUACAACUACUACACCAACCGAAUCGCUCACCGAAUUACCUGAAGUGUUCAUCGCUAAUGUCGAUCCGGAUUACCUUGUGCUGAAAUCCCUGCUUAAACCCAAACGAAUAGCGCUUCGAGGUGGCGACGGACGUCGAUAUUUAAUUAUGUGCAAACCGAAUGAUGAGUUACGCAAGGAUGCUCGUUUUAUGGAUGUGAACAGGGUAAGAAUCGAUGGGUUUUAUAUAUCCAUAAUUUGA